AUGGCCAGGCCGAGCACUACGACGAUGAGCAGCAAAACAACAACCAGCACCACGACGCUCACAAGCCCGACAGAGACAAGCACCACCACUUGGACCAGCACUACGGCGCUGACUACCACGACAGAGUCGAGCACAACUGUGACUAGGACACCCACCAUUACAAGCAAACCGAUCAGCAGUACCGUGAGCAGUGGCACGACGCUGAUGGACACGACAGGGCCAUUCAACACCACGCUGACCGAGACAAGCAGCACAUCGUACACGCGCGACAGUGUGACCUCGAGCAGCACGGUCACGAUCAGUUCAGGGACGAGCACAUUGACGAGUACGAUCACCGAGACAAGCAGCACAUCGUACACGAGCGACAGUGUGACCUCGAGCAGCACGGUCACGAUCAGUUCAGGGACGAGCACAUUGACGAGUACGAUCACCAGCACCACCACGCCGCUGUAUGUUGUAGUGGGGGCAAUGAAGUUUGAAAGUUCUGGUACGCCAGAUGAGGUGACAUAUGUGAUGACGUCCCACCUAUCAAAUGUUUUAGGCGUAGCUGGAGAGCAAGUAAUUGUAUACGUCACCGCUGAAGUUUAUCGGAUGUUGUCUUUAGCCAGGAGGUUGUCUAGUGUAUGGAAUGUCGAUUUUGAGAUAACUGCCCCUGAAUAUGCUGCAAGGCAAGUCUUAGAUUUGACAAUCGGUAUUGUCAACGAUUCUGCUAAUUUCACCAGCUCUAUGCAAGCAGCUUUCGAAUCGCGAGGCAUGAAUUUGACAGCGUCGUCUUUCGAUAUGGCAACGCCAUCGAUUAAGCCAGUCACUGUUACCCAAACGACCGUCAGCGGCACCUCGACAAGCACAACGGCGACCAGCAUUACCGCCACGAGCAACACCAGCGUUUCCAGCACCACUGCGACCAGCACACUUUCCAGGUCCACUGUCACCAGUACUAGCAGCGCAACCACCAGGACCACCACCGCGACGCGAAACACUCGCAGCAGCACCAGCGCAACCAGUGGUGCCAGCACGACGGGCACACGGAGCACCAGCGCGACCAGCACCACCAGUGUUCACAGAACGACGGGAACCAGCAGCACCACGCGCAGCAGCACCAGCGCGACCAGCCCCACCACUCCUUCCAGCACGACUGGGACCGGCAGUACCACGCUCAGCAGUACCAGCGCAAGCAGCACCACAAGUGGUCAUAGCACGACCGAGACCAGCAGUGCCACGCACAGCAGCACCAGCAGCACCACAGCUUCCAGUCCCAGCGAGACCAGCACAUCCGAGACCAGCAACACAGAGGUCGGCAUCACCACUGCGAGCGACAACGCGGCACUAUCCAGAGUGGUGGGGUCGAUCGUGCUGCUGUUCGAGGGCCCGGACGCGGCCGGGGACAGCCCGGAGGGGGAGCAGGUGCUGAGCUCGAUCGGAGCCACGAUCUCUCAGGUCGUGGACGUGCCCGCGAGCGACGUCUCCGUCUGGUCUGCGGACUCCCGCAGGCUCCACGCGCGGCUCCGGGCCACCACUCGCCGGCUCUCCAGGAGCAUCCUCGAAGUGGAAUUCAGCAUCGACGUGCUCGCGGGUGCCAGUGCCGCGGUGCAGGCGUCCCUGGACGGCGUAGAUAUGAACUCCUUCACGUCCAUGCUGCAGCGGAACCUGGACUCGAAUGUCGGUGAGGACGUAUACUCCGUCCAGGUGCUAGCAAUCACGUCGGUUGUCGUCGACGCUUCGGGCGCCACCCCGAUAGGGGCGGACCACGGCCAGGAGUCUUCCUCGAUAUUCAUCUUUGUCGUGUUUGGACUGGGAUGCUGUAUUGGGUGCGAGUUUCCCGCCCUGGCGCUGUUUUUGCGCAGGCGACGGCUUCAGCGCGGAGCGCUGGCCACGGAGCAGGGUCGGCGGAACGGCCGGGCCGCGCCCGGGGGCGGGUUGGCCGAGCGCGGCCGGCUGCCCGAGGUGCCCCGCCCUCCCCACGAGCGCCACGAGCGAGGCCCGGUGCCCGUGUCGAUAUGCCUCCCGCCCGUGGAUGUCUACGAGGCCCAGGCCGAGUGGGCCACGCCGCCCGCGCGCGUCUUCGACGAGCCGGACGGCCUCGUGAUCACCUUGGCGCCUUCGCGAACGCAUGGGGGUGCUCCCGUGGAGCUGCCAGCGUCCGUGCCCCCCUUGGUGCCGCCCAGCAGGCCUUGCCCCGUGCGGCUGCCCGAGGCCAUGUCGCUGCCGACGCCGUCCAGCAGGCCGCCGCCAGUGACCGUGACGUCCAUGGUGGAGCCGAGCAGGGAGUUCUCGGUGGAGCUGUCGAUACCCGUCUAA